AUGUCGCUGGUUUUCUUUGCGAUUGCCGGAGUUUCGAUUUUUCGGUGUGGCAGCGCAACAUCGAAUUACCCUGAGAAGAAUCCAGAGCUCGGAAAGUACCAAGAUGCGUCUGCGGUUUUUCCACUCACCGAGACCUGGCACAUUGUGUACAGAAACUACGAGGACGACCCGGCAUUUGGUACUUCCAAGUGCUUGAGGUUCGCUCAGGUGCAACCCGAAAAAGAUGGUGCAUAUCCUGUCGUAGCUCUGUACGGAACAGACAACCAGUCGGCUAGCGCGGUGAUAACCCUCGACGCCAAAGAGGGAUAUACCAUCAAGAAUCACAUGGUCUUUCAUCCAGAUGGUCAAGGUCAGCCCUUGCCCUUAUAUGUCUCUUACCUGGAUCCUGGAAACUGUGGUGUCAACAGGAACGUUUACGCCAGUGAAAACGCAUGCGCCCUACUCGUUCCCGAGAGCAAACUGGGAGAGGACACCACCUGCUGCGAUUUCGUGUACGCCCUGCUGUGCGGUGCCACAAAAUACCAGAUCCACGACGACAGCUGCACGAAUCAAGGCUGA